AUGAAUCUGGACCCAAACGAAAGCGAUGGAGAAGACAACGCCGUCUCGGGGACGCGUCGAGUUCCCGAGCAUAAGCUCUCUUGUGACCAAUGUAGACAAAGAAAGAUCAAAUGCGACCGUGGAGAUCCUUGUGGACCAUGUCGACGAAAGGAUAUUCGUUGCUCAUUCCCCACUGGCUUCAAGCCUCGAGCAAAACGCCAGCAGGUCGCAGUAUCUGAUGGCUAUGAAUCCAAAUUGGAUGCCAUUUCGCAAAAGCUUGAUCGCAUAAGCCUCGCUGUCGACAACAUCACUUCUUCUCCUCAGCAGUUGCAAGGAGGCUCGUCAGCUGCUCAUACUGCUAUCAGUUCACAAGUUACCCCAAUAUCCCAUGCGAGCUCCCCGUCGUGCCAUGUUGGAACAGGCCCGGAGAAAGGCUCAGAGUUCGAAGGCGAUGUCACGUUGACGACACAGGCUACAUUUGCGACAGAUUUCUUGCAGCAAUUCGUUGACAGCAAUCAGCCGUCGCAGACGCUUCCAGAGAUAAAGAGUCACCUAGACGCGCUGCGCAAGAUCUUGGCGGGCAAGGAGGUUACGGCUGACGAGACGCGUCUUGUUGAUACGCAACGAAUAUUGUCACCUCAAGAACAUGAUGGGUUUCAGCUCCCUCCCGUCAACCUGGCCAUGAUGGCUGUACAGAGACUAAGAGAGUCUCCCAGGUUACAGCUAUUCUGGCGCGCAGAGUUCCACAGCAUCAGUCAAUUUGUCGAGUAUCUCAUGACAGUCUACUUUGGCAAGCCUACCCUCGCUGAUCUCAUCGUUACGCAUGUUGGCUUGGUGAGCCUAUUGCACGAAUGCAACAACGUCGAGACUGAACAAGUUCUCAAGAAUGAGUUUGCAUCUCAGGCGACGGUUUGCCGGCAGAACCUGGAGUCUAUCCUGGCUAGCCUUCCUUUUAAUAUGCCCUGCACACCCGAUUACAUACUCGCCCUGUUCAUGGCUUCAUCCUACCAUCUCGAGAAUUGCCGGAUUUCUUUGUCCUGGAAUACUCUUGCUGCAGCAGUACAAAUGUGCCAGACACUAGGUUUCACCCGGGAAAAUCUCCCAACGCCAGAGUCGAGAGAAGCAAAGCAACGGCGGGCUAAACUGAUAUUCUACAUCCAUCUUUGCGACAAGAUGCUCGCUUUGAGACUCAGUCGGCCAGUCUUGAUCCGAGAUGGAGAAAUCACCAUUAACUUUGAUGCUUUAGAGGCCGAUAGAGGAGACGGACCUACUCCGAUCAUUGCGAAAUGGGCACGAUUUUGUAGCCUUCAAGGAAGAAUUUAUGAUAUACUCUACAGUCCGGGGUCUUUGCUCCAUUCGGAUAUUCAGAGGGAGACGAAUGCGAGGAGACUUGCGGCUGAGAUGGAGCAGCUGUUCCAAACAAAGAGUCUGGCAGAAGAACACUUGUAUGAGUCAAUUAGGGCAAGCAUCGGCGAAAGCCAGAGCGAGAUCUUCCGCCGGACCGAUCAGGUCGCAUAUUAUUCCAUGCGCUGUCUAGUGUUCAGAGCAGUGAAACCUGCGUCUUUGACAUCCUCAGCAUUUUGCGACGAAUGCCUGGAAGCAGCAAAGAAUGGCCUUGAGCAACACAGGAUUUGUUUGUCAAUGCUCAAGAAUGUUGAAACCAUCGUCUUUGAGUUUUAUAUGCAUUGGUAA